CGACUCCGGGAGGAAGGGAUCUCUCUGUGCCUACAGUGCUCUUAAGUGCAUUUACUGGAACGGCAGCAUUCAAUAUUUCCGGUAAAACACUGCAUUCCAUUUUAAAACUUCCAAGGAAUCUGAAGCCACCAUAUCAAGGACUUGGAAAUGCCCUAGAUGAACUACGAGCUAGAUUACGUGAUGUGGAGAUUCUUAUCAUUGAUGAAGUGUCGAUGAUUUCCAAGGAUCUUUUUGCCUACAUAAACUGGAGAUUUCAGCAGAUCAAAGGCAGCAAGAAACCUUCGGGGAAUCUCGGUCCUCGCUGUGGGCGACUUUCACCAACUGCCACCGCUUGGUAAAGCCAAACCACUCUGCGUGUAUGAAGAUGAUGUUUUGGACUUCUGGAAGGACCAUUUCCAAAUGAUCACCCUCACAGAGAUCAUGCGUCAGAAAGAAGACCUUGCUUUUGCCCAACUUCUGAACCGACUACGAGUGAAGCAGAAGACCGAAGCUCUCAGGGAAGAAGAUAGAGGUUUGUUACUGCAGGCUGUGAAGAAGCCCGAAGACUGCCCUUGUGAUGCACUGCACAUAUUUGCCACCAAUAAAGAAGUUCACAGGCACAAUGCUGACACAGUACAUGCUCUUCACACUGACAUCAUUACCAUUGAUGCCGAAGACUACAGGAAAGACCCAAGAACAGGAGCGAUGAAGAGACGAAACAAGCCUAUCAUCGGAAAAAAGGAUGACUUGCUUGAUACCAUACAGGUUGCAGUGGGAGUACGUAUUAUGGUGACUAGGAAUCUGGAUGUCGAAGAUGGAAUCGUUAAUGGAUGCUUUGGGAAGAUUUCAAACAUUGUCAUUAAAACAAGAGAUGGAAUCGACACUGUACAGAUGCUAGGACUUCAGCUUGACAGUCCAAAUGCAGGACAGAAAUACCGCAAAAGGGUGCAAGGUGAUGAAGAUAACUUGGUUUAUAUUGAGAGAUCCGAAGAAAAUCUAAGGAAAGGAGCAGUUCGUCGACAAUUCCCCAUCAAGUUAGCUUACGCCUGCACAGCUCACAAGGUUCAAGGCAUGACAAUGCAGUCUGCCGUAGUGUCACUGAAGAAGAUUUUCGAACCAGGAAUGGCCUACGUUGCCCUCAGCAGAACAACCUCACUUCGUGGAUUGCACAUUACCGACUUCGAUGAAAAAAAGAUUUAUGCGGAUCCUAAACUCACAGCCUCAUUGCAGAAUAUGAAAAGAGCAACAUUUGAAGAAAUCAUGCCACUUCUGCAGAGAAAGAAGGAAACCAACUCCAACCAGGACGAAACACUUAAAAUCAUUCACCACAACACGGAAGGACUGGCAUCUCACAUUGAGGAUAUCAGAUGUCAUCAUGAGCUACAACUAGCAGAUAUUCUUUGCGUAAUGGAAACUCACCUGUCAGGCUCAUGUAUUUCACAACAUCUCCAACUGAAAGGAUACAAGAUGAUUGCAAAGAAUAGACACGUCUCCUACUCAACCUAUGCAGAAAUUGCGAAGAAAGAUGGUGGAGGAGUUGCAAUAUUUUGCAAAGAAGACAUUCAAGUUCAACCCCGACAGUACAUACACAAUGUCACAGACCUGGAGUUCGUCAUCAUCAAAAUUGACACCCCAACGAAUGCAACGAUUGCUACUGUGUACAGGCCACCACACUACAGCCUUGAGAAAUUCUUGCCAAAUUUAAGGAGCCUACUUGAUUAUCUGGACAUGAUGAAGAAGAAUCCUGUUAUCAUCUGUGGAGACUUUAAUGAAGACCUCCUUUCUCCUGGAAGAAAGGCUAUACUGGAGUUGUUUCAAUCCAAAGGAUACACACAACUGAUCACGACAGCGACUACUGACAAGCACACGCUUCUGGACCACAUUUACAUCUCUCGUCCGGAUGUCUGCCUCCAAUCAGGUGUUUUACAGGCUUAUCAUAGUUACCAUAAUCCUGUGUACUGUAUUUUGAAGAAAUGAGAUUUUAUGGUUGACAGGUAGUGUUGUGUGUUUUGGUGUUAUGCCAUACGGAACCGGGGGCACUGAGCAUGCAUUAACGGUGCCAGUGGGGCUCGAACAGCCUUAGCCACCGGGUUGGCUCGUAUGGUUGUGUUGUGGUGGUAUCCCAUACGGAACCGGGGGCACUGAGCAUGCAUUAACGGUGCCAGUUGGGCUCGAACAGCCUUAGCCACCGGGUUGGCUCGUAUGGUUGUGUUGUGGUGGUAUCCCAUACGGAACCGGGGGCACUGAGCAUGCAUUAACGGUGCCAGUUGGGCUCGAACAGCCUUAGCCACCGGGUUGGCUCGUAUGGUCAUGUUGUGGUGAUAUAUAUGGUUGUGUUGAGGUUUUAUGCCACUGAGCUACAAGAAAAGAAGAGCAGAAGCCACAGCAGCAGGAAGGACGAAUAUAGGAGUAGACUGGCAGCUUCAGGGAGGUCACCGGCAGCAGCACCAGCGAUAGACAGGAUACAGUGAGGAUUAGUGUAGCAGCUCCAGGGAGGCAGAAGAGUUUGGAGACAAUAGCAGUCCUGUAUGGAUGUGACUCUGCAAUAUAUCGUCCAAAGCUAAGUGUUUAAACAUUGAGCUUCAAUCACUGUACUACUGCACAUCAUAACCACAUUUGUAGAAAAAUGUUAAUCCUAAUCUAAUUUUGGUUUUGAUGUUUUUCAGCAAUUGUGCAGUUGAAGACAGAAUGCCUGAGAAGAUCAAGUGUGCUACAACACUGAUGAUGACAAUCUGACUACCAGCAUCUGUGGAUGGGACAAACUGUAUAGCACUGAAGACCAAAGCAAGGACAAUGCUGAAGACAGAAGAAUCAGAGAAAUAAGCAUACUAAAGCAGGAUAUCCAGCCUGUACGACGAAUCAGAUCCAGUGGCUAGAUGGCGGGAGAUGCUUCCUUCAUCUAAUAAUUGGAUGACUAAUUAAUCUUAAUAUGUUUAUAAAUUGUUUGACCAUAUUACAUAAUUGGUUUAAUUUCUAAAUAUAUUAAUAUUUCACAUAUUAAGUAAGUAAAAUGAAUGUGUUCUUGAAAUGUGUGCGUCGUGCCAGAGGAGGAUGGGUCCCCCCUGCUGAGUCUGGUUCCUCUCAAGGUUUUUUACCUCCUAACUUUAUGGAGUUUUUUCCUUGCCAUCGUCGCCAUUGGCUUGCUCACUGGGGUGU